AUGGCGGUAAAUCGAUCUUGUGUUUUUAUAUUCAGUGUUGUAUAUUGUUUAGCACUGGCUCACAUUUUGGAUGUAAGUGACGCUUACAGCCAAAGGGAGUGCGGUAUAUCCCUGAGACGGCAUACGAGGCAGCCCCGGGAGCGUUCCGCUGGUCAGCUGAGAAUCAUUCGCGGCAGGGAGUCCAAACGGGGCGCCUGGCCGUGGCAGGUGUCCUUACAGUUGCUCCAUCCCAACUAUGGUCUCAUCGGGCACUGGUGCGGUGGAGUCCUCAUUCAUCCACUGUGGCUUCUGACGACUGCACACUGCAUACACAAUGAGCUGUUCAACUUGCCAGUGGCUGCGCUGUGGACCGCCGUCCUUGGCGAGUGGGAUCGUGCAGAGCAAAAAGGCUCCUACGUCCCCAUCGAGAAGGUCAUCCUGCACCAUCGCUUCCACAACUACCAGCAUGAUAUAGCCUUGAUGAAAAUGACGAGAGCUGCUGACGUCAGCGCUGGCAGUAGAAUCCGCACGAUUUGCUUGCCAUCGUACGAAUCGCCUCUCGCCAACUACGAACCCGAAAAAGGCACGUCGUUCUACGUCAGGCCCAACUCGGAAAUCGCGAGAAAGAAAUCAGCGAAGCGUCCCAAACCCAAUCCUGACACGACUUCCAAAUAUUUGGAGAAACUAAACAACCUGACCAAAUCGACAUUCCCGAGUUAUUCGAAUAAGAAACACAAGAAUUUGCGAUACAACAUUCGGGUAUCCGAAGACUCUAGUGGUUAUUCAGAAAAGAGGACCGACGACGACUUGAGAGCCGAUGACGAGAAGAAUAGGGAUGUGGUUUAUGAUAGAAUAACUUUAGACAGCGUCGUGAGGCUGAUAAAAACUAAGAAUGGACCUGACAAUGAUGAGGCCAGAGGUGAGGAGAGGUCGGACGGGGCAGGCGAAGAUAAAGGAGAGGGUCAGAGCGAGAGUAGAGAAGAGAGAAAGCUAAUGUUCGGAGAGGAGAUAGAGCCGUACGUGGAGGAGAACGGGUUGGAGACGCGUGACGAGUGCUACGCGACGGGCUGGGGCCGCCAGCAGACCAACGGCUCCUUGACGGAUGUGCUGCUGGAAGCGGAGGUGCCGCUUCUGCCACUGGCCGCGUGCCGGGAGCGCUACGCGCUGCCUCUGCCGCUGGGCGCCGGCCACCUCUGCGCCGGCAGCACCGAUGGGAGCACGGGCGCCUGCGUGGGCGACAGCGGCGGUCCGCUCCAGUGUCGGUCGGGUGGUUCCGGGGGCGCCGGGGGCCGCGUGGGCGGCCGCUGGGAGCUCCGCGGUCUGACGUCAUUCGGGUCGGGCUGCGCCCGGCGCGGCGUGCCUGACGUCUACACCAACGUGGCUCACUACACCGCCUGGAUAUACGCGCACAUAUACGCCGGA